CGCAGCGAAAGGGAGAUUAGAUGGUUAUGGAAAUGAAGCGCAGUUCCAAUUCUGGCGUAGUCGUAGGUUAACAUGUAGAGCUAGGCAACUUGAUUAUCACCUUGAAGGUCUAGGCCACUUGCGCCUUAACUUCGCCAACAUUGUAAUCCCUCUCAUAUUCGAGCAGCGGCGAGUACGAUUUGGAUUGUAUCAUUCCCGAGCGACUUCUUUUCCCGCAGCUCAAGUCUAUCUACACAAUUUUCCGCCCCGAGACUGGCACGUGGACGUCCCACAUUCCGCUGCUGAGUAGAAAAAAGCGGAAAGGUCGUGGGCACACAACGGACACGGUAAAGCUAUGGCCGUGUAGUUGCUUGGGCUUGCAUUGGCUCGAUCUUGGUGUUGAUCUUCUUGUGCUAGUAGUUGGCGUUGGGAGUGAUGUUGUGCUUGCUUGUGGAGCAUGAUGGGGCUGGUUGCUCUUGUGCUUGUAUGUGAUGUAUGCCGCUUUCCUAAGGUGUCACUUUCACUUAUGUUUCCGACUCUAAUCUUUACCAUUUCCAAAAGCGUCCAAAUGGGCAUCCUUGCGCCGGCCAUGGUGACGGCGAAGCGGCGCGCU